AUGGCAGAAGGAAAAGAGAAUGAUGGACAGGUCAAGAUUGAUUUUGUACCAAGAGAAGAACCUCCCAAAAUCCAUCUGGACUGUCUGGGUCAAUCCCCUGACACUAUUGUUGUGGUGGCUGGGAACAAACUGAGAUUGGAUGUUCCCAUAUCAGGAGAUCCAACACCUACUGUCAUCUGGCAGAAAGUGAACAAGAAAGGUGAACUUCUUCAAAGCAAUGAAGAUUCUAUGACCCCCUCAGAAAACAGCAGUGAUUUAAGUACUGAUAGUAAGCUUCUAUUUGAAUCUGAAGGCAGAGUUCGUGUGGAGAAGCAUGAAGACCACUGUGUCUUCAUCAUUGAAGGUGCUGAAAAGGAGGAUGAGGGAGUAUACCGAGUUAUAGUUAAGAAUCCAGUGGGAGAAGAUAAGGCUGAUAUCACAGUCAAAGUUAUUGAUGUUCCUGACCCUCCAGAAGCCCCCAAGAUCAGCAACAUUGGAGAAGAUUACUGCACUGUGCAGUGGCAACCUCCUACAUAUGAUGGUGGGCAACCAGUACUUGGCUAUAUUUUAGAGAGAAAGAAGAAGAAGAGCUAUCGAUGGAUGAGGCUGAAUUUUGACCUUCUAAAAGAGCUAACCUAUGAAGCCAAGCGAAUGAUUGAAGGAGUAGUUUAUGAGAUGCGGAUUUAUGCUGUGAAUUCUAUUGGCAUGUCCCGGCCAAGCCCUGCCUCACAACCCUUCAUGCCAAUUGCUCCUCCAAGUGAACCAACACACUUUACAGUGGAGGAUGUUUCUGACACCACUGUUGCCUUGAAAUGGAGACCCCCUGAGCGGAUUGGAGCAGGGGGAUUAGAUGGCUAUAUAGUGGAAUACUGCAAAGAGGGAUCUGCAGAAUGGACUCCAGCUCUUCCUGGCCUAACUGAGCGAACAUCUGCACUGAUUAAAGACCUGGUCACAGGUGACAAACUUUAUUUCCGUGUAAAGGCUAUAAACUUGGCUGGUGAAAGUGGAGCAGCAAUAAUCAAAGAGCCCAUUACUGUUCAAGAGAUCAUGCAGCGUCCCAAAAUCUGGCUGCCGCGCCAUCUCAGACAGACUCUGGUGAAGAAAGUGGGUGAGACAAUCAAUAUAAUGAUACCUUUUCAGGGUAAGCCUAGACCCAAAAUAAGUUGGAUGAAAGAUGGUCAAACUCUAGACUCCAAAGAUGUGGGAAUUCGAAACAGCAACACGGACACAAUCCUUUUCAUUAGAAAGGCAGAACUCCAUCACUCAGGAGCAUAUGAAGUCACUCUUCAAAUAGAAAACAUGGCAGAUACAGUUGCAAUAACAAUUCAAAUCAUAGAUAAGCCUGGCCCUCCUCAGAAUAUAAAACUGGUCGAUGUUUGGGGAUUUAAUGUUGCCCUGGAGUGGACACCUCCACAAGAUGAUGGCAAUGCACAGAUCUUGGGCUACACGGUCCAGAAAGCUGACAAAAAGACAAUGGAAUGGUACACUGUUUAUGACCACUACCGUCGCACAAACUGUGUAGUGUCAGACCUGAUUAUGGGCAAUGAGUAUUUCUUUCGAGUCUUCAGUGAAAAUUUGUGUGGAUUGAGUGAAACUGCUGCAACUACCAAAAAUCCUGCCUAUAUCCAAAAAACAGGCACCACUUACAAGCCACCUAGUUACAAAGAACACGACUUCUCUGAACCUCCUAAAUUCACUCACCCUUUAGUAAACCGGUCUGUGAUUGCAGGAUACAACGCUACACUCAGCUGUUCAGUGAGAGGAAUCCCUAAGCCAAAGAUAUUCUGGUACAAAAACAAAGUGGAUCUCUCUGGGGAUGCCAAAUACCGCAUGUUCAGUAAACAGGGUGUGCUGACCUUGGAGAUUCGGAAACCCACUCCAUUUGAUGGAGGCUUUUACACCUGCAAAGCUGUUAACGAGCGUGGUGAAGCUGAAAUAGAGUGCAGACUGGACGUCAGAGUACCUCAGUAAGACGCUGAAUCUCAAUUCAUUCACACAGCAAGCCCUGGAAUGGAAUUUGAAGAGAUGAAAAAUGAAGAAAUUAAUGAAGGAUGAUUUCACUUACACUUAAGAGUUUUGCACACGUUAAAAGUCAUUCAAUGUGUAGCUGCUGCAAAAGUAAUGCCUCCUACUUAUUUUAAUGGAAACUACAACAGAUACAAGAGCACAAUAAUACUAUUUGAUAGAAAAAAUUCUCAGCUAUAAAACACUUUCCUUUUCUUUUCCCCAGCACAGUCACCACCAUUAGCUAAGCAUUUUCACCAGUAAUAAACAAAAGCCUGUACGCUGUGCUCAUAACAGUCCACAUCAGAAGAAAUGACAAACUGUCACUGUUGCCACUGCCUCACUGUGCUCACAUCCACCGUUUGGUCUCCAUAACUGUCCAGCAAAUGGUGAUGAAUGACAAUGGGUGCCAUUUUCCCUGCAUGGAGGAGUUCAGUUCCACACCUUUGCCUCAUACGCCCUUCCAUGGCAGGCGCCAUUUUGUCAGACUGCCCCCCUGCUGCCAUCUGUCACACGGCAACAAAAUGUAAUGGGAUAUUGGUGGGAAGGUUCAACCUUUGCUGCCAAACCACCACCAUCUGCCUCUGGUGUCAUGGGCUGACAUCACAUAGGAGGCACUGCUUUUGGAGCAGCUCUCAUACAAAAAAAUUAUUUCUAAUAUUGAAUCACUUUUCCUUAUAUUGAUCUCUGCACAGUAGAAAGUAACUUCCAGCUCUUCUGCUUUUACUGCCAAGCCUUGAAAUAUCCACUUCCAUGCUCUUGGGCAUAUAUUUAUAGAAGCACGUCUGAAACACACCGUUUGAGAAUCUAUGGGUUAGGGUACUGCUCUUAUUUAUACAGGAAGUGGUUUAUCUGAUAAUUACUCACUACUGGUUUUUUAGCUUUUGAAAAGACACCCACAUAGACUUUCAGGUAUUAGAUGUUUUUCCAGCCAGUCAUAGACAUCACCCUCAUCUACAGAGAAAACAUUGUACGUCAGAUGAAAGAUGCAAAGAAAUACUAUUUGCACAUUAAAAUCAAAACAAAAAGCUUGUAAUAAAUGCAAUAAGUUUACUAUCAUCAGAUAUCACUGGAGGCUUUUGAAAGUCUAUGAAUGCUAUGUACAUUAUUGCAGAUAAUUAUGUCUAAUUACGAGAAAUUGGGGAAAUUGUGGCAUUUUUUUGUUUCUCACUUAUUAGUUUGAAUAGGAUUUGUUGGGAUUUUUGGACCUGCAUUAGUUUCUGGCUAGAAAGUAUUUUUUCAUAAAAUCACAAUAGCAGAGAAAGUGAGAAGAUGAAAUUAAUCCCGGAAACAGUGUGUUUGGGAAGAAGCAACAGAAAGAGCUAAAGUAACACUAUUCCCCUACCUCCAUGAUGUCAACUGAGAAGGUAAAGAGUGCCUGACGCAUCACAUUAGUUGCACUAAA